CAUAGCUUAAUGUUUAAUUAACAUUGUAUCAAAAGAAUAUAAUAGUGUCGGUCUAUUGUUUAAAAAUUGUUUGCCAUAAAUCAUACGCGUUGAUAUAAUUUAUUAAUUAAACUAUUUAAAUAGCAAAGGACAAUUAGGAUUUAUUAUGUAUGCAAUACUGUUUUAAAGACAUAAACGGACCUAACGAUUCUUCUUCAACAAGUGCUUAUUUUCAGACCCACCAUGAUUUUUAAACUACUGAUAUCAACAGCUGUUUUCCACUUUGCACACGGUAUUACCUUAAGUUGUGUUCCUGAUGUGCCUGAAAAUCACUCAAACAUAUCAUGUACCUGUAGAAAUCCAACAAAAAAUGGCAUUGAAUGGCGACGUAACUCGCAAAUUGUUACAACCUGUUCAGGAACUGAAGACAAUUGCUUCCCACCUUCCUUAAAAUACAGGUCAUCUGUCUCUAGUGAUGAAUUUUACUUGGAAGUAAGCCCUUACUCAUACACAGAUUGUGCAACAUAUAGUUGCAAAGACGUAAGCACAGCCGAAGAAGUUUAUGUCACAACAUCCAUAGCAGACUUUGACCAGAGAAGUAUUACAACAGAGGAACCUGGAGCAAAUACAGAUGGCCAAAUUAUGGUCAAUACGGGAUGCGUUUUCCCAACAUCUAACAUAACAAUUACAUGGUACAAAAUUGAGAAUGGAACAGAAGAAGAUUUUACAGCCAGUCCCAUACAAUCAUCGGAAAGGUCAAAUUGUUCACGUACAUGCAAUGCAGAGACAGAUAAAAAAGUUGAAAGUGGAUUUACUCACACUGAAUAUACUGGGUCCGACUAUGUAGAGGUCGUAUAUAAGGUUACAGUCACACACAACUUAUACAUAGAGGAAGUAUUUGCAUGGACGUCAUCGAAAUACCGGCUUAAAGCAGGUACUACUAAAACUGUGUGUCUUCUUUUUGUGACACGUAUUCCAAAACUGCGUUUGCAUAUUUAUGUUUUGACCAUAAUGUCUAGAUUGAACAUAUUUUGUAACAUAUCACGUAACCGCGUUAUUCAAUUAUUCAGGCGUCGUUAUUUGUAUAUUUGUAGUAGUCAUGUAGACAGAAUUCUAAGCUUUCAUCAUAAAUAUAUUAAUAAAAUUGAUAAUGUGUCCUUAAUAUCAGUACCUUCAACUUUCUUAAACAAUAAGCAAUAA